AUGUCCGGGAAUGUUCUGCCUAGGGCAUCCCUCAAAGUCCCACUUUCUCUGGGAAUCGGUAGAUAUGUGUGUCAGCUAAAAAGACUUACUUUCAAGUUUUGCAAAUCUCGAGGAGACAGCAGAGGUGUGCGAGAAUAUAUUGAAAAAGAGAUUAUUGACUUGGCUAAACUCAACCCGUCUGUGGUUGUUUACGUAAAGCCUCGUAGGCAUAGACCACCCCUUCUUGUUGCAGAGUAUCUAAACGGUAACUGGCAGUAUCUACGAAUGGCAAAAAUGACCUCCGAGGAGAUUAGCUCUUGGGUUCAGUUCAUGGUUACCCGAUCAGGUGAAAACAUUAUGCCCAUAUAUAAGCCUCGAAGCAGCCAAGCACCCUCUAUUCAAGGAAUGUGGUCUCCGUACGACAGUGCCGAGCAGACGGAUACCUUAAUGAGUCCCUCAGAGAUUAUCGAAAAUCUCCAUGAACUCUCUGUAUGUAAUUUCCCUUGGGAAAAGCCGGCCCAAGAAUAUAUUCUAGAACUCCAUCAUCAACGCCAGAGACAACAAGAAACAUCCUCUCAAAAUUAA